AUGGAGACGGUAGAUUGGACUUUAGGGUAUGCGUGCAAGCAGUGCGAUAGGAGGAUGAUGUGUAAUCCAUUUUAUGCUGGAGAGGGUGAUGGAAGGCAACAUCGUGAUCCUGUUUGGAUUUUGACGGAUCCAGUCCUUCCAGUCGCUCCUUGA